AUGCCGAAAGAAAGACGUAAAAGCCGACAAGACGACUAUGAAGAUUGUGAUGACGACAAUAUCACGCAUAACCCGACGCACAUGUUGCAAAUGACGGCGGAGUUGGUGCCUAGAUACAGCGGGAGAGAUAAUACCUAUCCCGUGUCACGCUGGAUUGAAGACGUCGAGAGCAACGCGGAAAUAUUCGGUUGGUCUUCGUUGCAGCAGCUGCUGGUGGCACGAAGGUCACUGACAGACACUGCGCAGCUGUGGCUCAGAUCCGAACGUCCGUUUAAGAGCUGGGACGACUUGAAGGCCGCGAUAUCGAAAGAAUUCCCAGACACCGUGGACAUCAAAGCCAUUCACGAACAAAUGAGUGCUAGAAAGAAGCGGUCGGAUGAAACAUGCCUCGACUAUAUGCUGAUCAUGAAGGAGUUAGGCAAGCGUGGCAAGAUGCCGGACUACGUUGCGAUUAAAUACAUCGUUGACGGAAUCGUGGACGUAGAAACAAACAAGAUCAUGCUUUACGGUGUUACAACCUAUAACGACUUAAAAGAGAAGCUGAAAAUCUAUGAAACGAUAUCAAGAAAAAUGCAGAGUGCUGUGCAGCAGAGGCGUGCAGUGAGUACAAGCAAGCAGCAGAGUGAUCGACGAGGGUCGUGGAAGAUUCGGUGCUAUAGCUGUGGAGAGACUGGACAUGCAUCAACUGAUUGCCCGCAUAAAAGCAAAGGUAUGAAGUGCUUUAAGUGCAACCAAUUCGGCCAUGUUGGAUCGGCUUGCACUUCGACUGCGACGGCGAAUCGGAAGACUUCGGAGGAGUUCGGUAAAUCUCGGCAAGACGACCACAGACAAAAGAAGAGCGCUAUGUUCGCGGCUGACAUCACUCGAGACUGCGGCGCCUCCAGCGGUGAGCUAUGGAACGAACUACAAGACUACCAACAUCAUGACAAGAAGCGGACGAUGUUCACUACGUCAAACUCCAUAGAAGGCAGCGCCCCUAGCGGCUCCAGUACGAACGACGACGAACCAAAGAUGGCGACAUUUGUUUACGACGAGAUGUCAACAUUGUCAACCUCUCAGAUCAACAAAACGGAGGAGAAAAAGCCGGUUAUUGUGUUGACAAUGAAUGAAAUACAGCAAAAAGCGUUAGUUGACUCCGGCAGCGACGUGAAUAUCAUAUCGGAGGACGUUUACAUCGAGUUGGGAAAGCCCAAAUGUGAGAAAGAUGAUUUGGUGCUAUCUGGAAUUGGACAAGGAACAGUGCGUUCGUUGGGAAAGUGUCUCCUAAACCUGUCCCAUGAAAGAUCCAGCUUUGAGAGAGGAAGUCAUCGAGUGUAUACAGAAGUACAAACCGGAACAGACGGAGGAAGCACCACUGCAGCUCAAGAUUGUGCUUAAGGAUGGGGUACCUGUGGCACUACGACCGCGACGACUGGCACUUAAGGAGCAGGAGAUUGUGGAGGAACAGAUUGCAGAAUGGUUAGAAAAGGACAUAAUACGCGUAAGUCACUCUGAAUAUAGUAGUCCAUUGGUUUUGGUCAAGAAAAAAGAUAAUUCCAUUAGAGUUUGUGUUGACUAUAGGAUGUUGAACAGAAAGAUUAUGAAAGACGAGUUUCCAUUACCAAUAAUUGAAGAUUUAAUAGAUAAAUUAAAAGAUG